CAGACGCUGUGCGUUCUCGUUCUAUACACCUUCACAGUGUCGAGCAGCGUAGUAUACUGUUCUAGGAGGCGUAGGAUACAAUGGACGAGCUCGAUGUCGAGACUUUUCUCAGCAAGCUCAGAACAGCAGAUACUGAGAAGAAGGUGGAUCUGAUACAGGAAUUUACAGAUAGACUCGGGCAGACGGACAUUCUCCCCGAGAGCACCUUUGAUGCACUGACUCUAGCCAUUGCACCCCUUAUUCGGACGUCGUCAAAUCAACUCUUGGCCGUAAUCUUGACCUCGUUCCUGCCGUCGUACAUUCCCCACAUUUCAACAGACACCUCGUCAAGCCAGGUCAAUCUACGAGUCGCUCUCAAUCAAUUCCUCCCUCCCUCUUUGGAGAGACUCAAUGACCCUAAGGAAAGGGUUCACGCACCCGCUGGUGUAUGUGUAGGACUCCUCGGCAAGAAAUGCUAUCAGGCUGAACCUGCUGGUACUGCAUCCACUGCGCCUAUUCCGCUCAAAGGGAAGGAGAAGGAGACCCUAGUGGGAUUCUGGGAGCGUCACGUCAAGGAUAUCAUGGCUGUCAAAGGGAAAGCCUGGCGAGGCAAAGUGGAAGGGAUGAAGGUGAUCUUGGAGUUGAGAGAAGAUAAGGAUAGUGGAUUGCCUUUGAAACCCUGGCUUGGGACGUUGGUCGAUCUCUUGGAAGAUUCGGAUAGUCAUGUGAGGGAUCAAGCGAGAGAGACACUCGUAGGCAUUCUAGCCCCAGCAUCCACACCGCCAGCCGCGAAAUCAGAAGUCAAAAAGCUACUGUCUGCCAAAGGCACGAGAAAGACGAUAGCCGAUGGGAUCUUGGCCCGAAUCUUUGCCACACCUGGAGUGGCUGCUUCCUCAGCACCAGAUCUCGCAGGCGACGAUGCCUCGAGCGCUGGGGGUGGAGGGCGAUCAAGAGCUCCCACACCUCUUGGGGAUGAAGUGGCGGUUGUUCAUAUUGCCAGUGCCAAGGAUAUGGACCAGGAAUGGAGCAAGAUGGCAGUCCAUUUUCAAGGCAAGGAAACGGAACAUAAUUGGGGACCUAGAGAAAAAGCCAUUAUCCGGAUCAGAGGCAUGCUUAGGGGUCAUGCGUAUCAGAACUACCCAGAAGCUUUCCUCCUGGGCUUGAAGACCUCGAUGAUUGAUGGUGUCUCUCGGACACUGCUGAGUCUGCGUACAACUGUCGCUCAACAGUCUUGUGCGGUCAUACAGGAGCUCGCGGAGUAUCUUGGAUCGGCUUUCGACCCCUUCGUUGAGAGUCUCUUGGCUGUUCUCGGCAAGAUGGCCGGCUUUACCAAGAAAAUUAUCGCCGAAAAGUCACAGCGUGCACUGACAUCCAUCAUAACCUAUACGACAUGUCGACCACACAUCUUCAUAUCCCACAUCACGGCUGGGCUUGGCGAGAAGAAUGUCCAAACGAGACAAUACUGCAUUGCACAUCUCAAAACAUUCCUCGAUACGCAUGCGAGCCGAUCGAAAGUCCUGAUCGACACCACGCCUGGCUCCUUAGGUCAACUCGAGGAUGACGUGAAGAGAGCUUUGGCAGAUACAACUCCCCAAGCCAGAGAAAUUGCACGAUCUGCAUUCUGGAGCUUCGAGGUCCUCUGGCCAGCCAAAGGCGCGGAAAUCAUGAGCAAGCUGGAUCCUAUGGCUCGCAAACAAUUGGAAAAGGCGGAUCCAAAAUCGUCUGAAGGCGUCAAAAGUCGUGUUGUUGCGAGUGUCAAAGGUCCCGCGAAGCGCCCAUCAGUCAUCGCUCAAUUACUUGCAGAAAAGAGGAAAGAGAAGGCGGCAGAGGCGACUGCGAGCAGACAGGAAACGCCCCGGACAGUCUCUUCACCUGCCGGCGUAGGCUUCUCGCGCUCGGUUUCGGAUCAACAACUCUCGUCGGGAUCACCUUCCCCAGUCUCACGGCCACCUGUCGAUCGAACAAUAACUUCUCCGCCGAGGGCCAUGCCUGCUGCGGCGGCCAGUGUGAACGGCGGAUCGCCUUCGGGCAGUCGUCUACCUCGAGCUAUUGGCUCGCCAAAAUCUCCACCGAGGCACUCCAUCCAUCCUCGAUCGCCGUCACUCAGUCACCUCCCAUCGAGCCCGAUAUCACCUGCAUACCCUCAUUCCCCACUACGGACUCGGAGCACUGUCGAGUCCGGCAUGAGAUCACCGGGCUCAAGCAGCGCUACAUCGGCCACGGGCACUCAUACACUGAAAACGCCAGUAUUGGCACGAGCGCCGUUGCCAGCCUUUGGCGAUAUUCAGAACGGUUCGAACGCCAUUGGAUCCAGUCCGAGUCACAUGAAGACUCCGGGCAUCGAUGGCUUGCCGCCUGACACUCCUGGCAUCGACCCAGAGCUUCAAGCGCAGGCCGAUCAAGCUGUACAAGCUGCGCAAAAGUUGUUGGAUCUCGACGACAGCGAUCUAACGCCGGCCUCGAAACUCCCCGUGACGCCAGCCAGACCUCCCGACACUCACACGAACGGUCAUUACACCCAAUUCCGAACGCCCGCCACGGUGUUCUUGAAUGGUCAGCCGAGAUCUGGACCAGCAGUAUGGGAAGACUCCCCUCGACCUGAAAGUGUUACACCGCAAAUGUUGAGCAAGCUACGAGAGAGGAAACAUGAGCAGUCUUGGUGGUUGAGGCAGAAAGUUUUGAUGGAUCAGGCGUCGCCAUUACGGGAAAUGGGCACUCCUUCCAAUAUGGUUGUUCACCGUUCAGCCGAUGCGUUGACAAGUGGACCGGACGCCGUGACCAUGUUGGAUCUCCAGAAAUUGUGCCUCUUUGCGAAAGACCACCCUGUUCAAAAGACUCCAGACGAAGAUGAUCGUCAAGAGGCUCUAUGGGUAUGGGAUGGAGGGGCAUUGUUUGACACGAUCGCCGAUGGUUUGCUGGCAAUACUGGACCCUUCUGUCGAUCUGAAAAUUCUCGAACAGGCCUUGGUGUUGCUCUGGGAGCUGGUCCAGAAUCAGUGGACCCUAUUUGAAUCGAGAGAGAUGUCUCUUUUGGACGCCUUGUUCCGCUUGCGCGGGCACAGAAACAACACGGUCCUCGAAUCGACAAAUUCGUUGAUUUCUCUCUUGGUGGAGAUCAGUGACCCCAUCUACUUUUUGUCCAUUCUCAGGGGUUCAUACGAUCGAUUCAUCGCUCAACAUCCUUCGCCAGAGGAGCGCUCGAGGUCGAACGGUAAGGGGAAUGGGUCUGCAGUGCACGAUGUAAAGACUGCCUCACAUGCGAGAAGUUCUGGGGAGCUUUUCGGCUUGACAGCCUUUGGGAUGUGUUUCAAGUACUUGCCUCGGGAAGCGGCGCGGAUCGAAGGUGCCAAGUUGGCACCUGUUGUUAUGCAGGGUCUCGCCUCGAAAACGAUCACUACUCGCCAAGCUGCCAACACGAUCAUCUUGGCUAUCCAAGCUGUGCUCGUCGACGCUCAAGCCACAGUCGCUUUAUUCCCUGAACUUGAUGAUGUUCAAAAGGAUCUCGUCUUUUAUCUGAUGGACAAGAAUGGUGUUCUUGGUAUGGAUCAUUCGUCUGAUCACGAAUCGGCACAGGGUCCCGUUGAAGAUGGCAAAGAGGCUCUGGAUGGCAAGCUGGUUGAAUUGCUAGGAAAAGGAGUGAGGAGUUGAAGGACUUUCUUUGGGAGGAACGAUAAUAAAAUGUAUCUAUACUAGUGCUACGUGUGUAUGCAUCUCGCCAUAAUCGCUG